CCUGCCACGACAUUCAAAGCUUCGUGCCCGUGAGAAAAGAGGAGCGAAUGAAAAACUAUCACUUGAUCCAGAGAAAUUUGUGAAUCAUGCGACAUUUUCCACCCACUUAGAAGACUAAAACCUGAUCCUCAAGCACUAGCAAAUCCAAAUUCAAACUGCAAAAUAAGCUUCACGCAAUCAAGGAAGACGCGGCUAAAGUGCCGCCGUGUUUGUAGGAUCGGAGCCGUUUUUCUAAAAGUUGAAGGUGAUCUUGUUCGCGAACGAUAUUUCUCGGUAUGAGUCGUAGCGAUCUGAAACGGACUUCCUAUGAAAUUGCUGAGGCUAAGAACAGCAUUGCCAUUGGUGUACUCGUUCACACUGAAGAUCUUGAUCUGCUCAAAUUCUAAAGAUCCUAUCUGGUGCCUGUGCCACAAAAUCGAUCCGUGGAUGUGUGGAUCUGAAAAUCUAAAUCCGUGUGGCAGGCGAACCUCGACGUGGAUCUUUGUCUUGUGCGCAAAUUCAUAAAAAAACAGAUCAUACUAUUGCCGUGACGGAUCAGAAUGUUUCGUUCCAAAUGGAGGCUGCACAAUCUGGUAGUCAAUCUGUAUCUCGGAAAAUCAAAAAGGUGACUAUUGAUUUAAAUUCAAAUGACACAUUCAAUCGUGACCUCAUCCUUAUUUCGCAACAGGGAAGAAUACUCUAAAUUAGAGUAUCAGGAGGUAGAUUUAUCGUCUUUAAGCACCCAACUUUCACCACUUCAAGAUGCCGCACUCCUUCGGUAAGCGCGCUCGCUGCCGCGAUAAAUUCUCCAAGGCCUUCCGCACGAAGGGUCGCGCCGGUCUCUCCACCUACCUGACCCCGUUCAAGCGCGGUAAGCAUGUUUUUCACGACCUUUGUAAGCGAUUCAUCUACCAAAUAUCAUCUUUAGACAAACGCAUAUCAUAGGACCUCUACGCUGAGACUGAGAGCCAAGCGGAAGUGUCAUAUCUAAUACCACAAAAAUUCUUCCAAAAAUCCUUACCAACAGGUGACUACGUCGACAUCAAGUGCGAUCCGUCCCAGCAGAAGGGUAUGCCGUACCAGUUCUACCAUGGCCGCACGGGUGUCAUCUACAACGUUACCAAGUCCGCGGUCGGUGUCGAGCUGACCAAGGUCGUUGGCAACCGCCAGCUCCGCAAGCGCCUGCACGUGCGCAUCGAGCACGUCCGCCGCUCCCGGUGUAACGAAGAUUUCCUGAAGCGCGUCAAGGAGACCGACAAAAUCAAGGCGGAAGCCAACAAGAAGGGUACUUUAAGAAUAAGAUAGCGCUGGUUGCUUUAUUAUUAAAGGUGGCUAACUGUGCGAGUCUGAGUGUUAAAAGUCUCGUAUGUUCCUUCGUUGUGCUUUGAAAUGUUUUUACAUGGAUUUCAUCAAGACGCGCAUCAAAGCGAAUUGCUCGUUUGGUACUCGUGAAAGUCAAUGAAGUUUUGGACGCUCUUUCGAAAAACUAAAACAGGUGAGAAGAUCGUCGUCAAGCGCAUGCCGGAAUGCCCGAAGCCGAGCGAGAUUAUUAAGGCCCGCCAGACCGUCACUGAGGUCUUCGCUCCUCUGGAGUUCGUUGCCAACCACUUCUAAGUUGGUUGCGGAUGAUACUGCGGCACGACCCUGGGCGUAGUUGUAUUACAAGGAAUGUGAGAAAGGUGUAAGACGAAGGAAAUCUGUGAAAAACCUCGCUGUCUUCAUGACGUGAACUUUGAGUUGUGGUGCUCCCAUCGGGAAAAGAAUGUCGUGAAUAUUGCAGACGAUGAACCCUCCGAAAAAU